AUGGAUGAAGAACUGUUUAAACAGGAAAUUGAAAGGCUUUUGGCUGAGAAUGCUGCCUUACAGCUAAGAUUGAGAGAGGAGAAAAAGGCUGAAGCUUGCGCUGUGAGUGUGAAAAUGCCUCCAUUUUGGACAGACAAACCCGCUGUCUGGUUUGCUCAAGUAGAAGCACAAUUUGCUAUUGCAGGAAUAACUUCUGACAAUACCAUGUUUAACUACGUUAUCAGUCAGUUGGAUCAAAGAUUGGCCGGAGAGAUUGAUGACAUUAUAACUAAGCCUCCCAAGUCUGGCAAGUAUCUAAAACUAAAAGAAGAGCUAAUCCAACGACUCUCAAUGUCACAAGAGCAGCGUGUUCGCCAGCUAUUAAGCGAAGAAGAGCUCGGAGACCGGAGGCCGUCCCAAUUUCUUAGGCACCUCCGGUCACUAGCUGGCGCAGCUCUAUCAGAUGAAAGCAUCUUACGCUCCUUGUGGAUGCGACGCCUUCCACAGCAAGUCCAGGCUAUCUUAGCGUCUCAGGCUGAACUGGGCCUUGAUAAAACAGCUGAUCUUGCUGAUAAAAUUAUUGAACUUGUCGGUCCAAGGAACCAAGUUUUUUCUGCCUCUACAUCAGGCCCUCCGUCCUCUGUGGUGGCCUCCUUGACUAAUGAGAUAGCGGACCUGAAGAAGCAAAUAGCUGCACUCUCUACUAAGGGUAUCCGUGGUCGUUCACGCGACCGUUCCGUGUCUUCAAACCGCCGUUCUCGUGGCAACACGCCGUCAAGAGGACCCAAGGUAUGCUGGUAUCACAAGAAAUUUGAUACCAAGGCAACCAAAUGCACAAAGCCUUGCGCAUGGACACCCCCACAGGGAAACGUGAGCAACAAUCAGUAG